AUGAGGCUUUUGGUUGGUUUUCCAACUAAUGAUUUGGAUGAGACAAAAGCAUUUUCUGAAUGGAUUCUUAAAAUGGGUGAAGGUAAUAUUGGUGGUCCUAAUGAUGGUAAUGCUGAAGUUGAAUUUCCAGAAGACGUUAUCGUUGCCUUUACCUUUCUGCCAGCUUACAAAAAGAGGAUUAAAAAGAAGGGAAGCCUAAAGCUUUCUUGUCUUUCUUCACUUUUGCGCCACUUUUGUUUUCGUAUACCGACAACUUCAAACUUGUUACGUCUCUUGGCUGAUACGAAAUUCCUCUUUCAGAAACCCACCGACGAUCUUCUCAAUAUGGCAACGACUGGCCCCAACAAUCUCAAUGCAAAAUUGGUUUUGCUAGGAGACAUGGGAGCUGGUAAAUCCAGUCUCGUUUUACGGUUUGUCAAAGGCCAAUUUCUGGAAUUCCAGGAAUCGACCAUCGGUGCAGCGUUCUUUUCGCAAACUUUAGCCGUAAACGACGCGACAGUGAAAUUUGAGAUUUGGGAUACGGCGGGUCAAGAAAGGUAUCAUAGUUUGGCUCCUAUGUACUACAGAGGCGCUGCUGCGGCCAUUAUUGUCUACGAUAUCACCAGCAUGGAAUCAUUUACACGAGCCAAAAAGUGGGUGCAAGAACUUCAGAAACAAGGUAAUCCUAAUAUGGUUAUGGCACUUGCUGGAAAUAAAGCUGAUCUAGAAGAAAAGAGGAACGUGACAGCUGAAGAGGCACGUGUGUAUGCUGAAGAGAAUGGUCUUUUCUUCAUGGAGACAUCUGCCAAAACUGCCACCAAUGUUAACGAUAUAUUUCAUGAAAUAGCUAAGAAACUGCCUAGGGCUCAGUGCCCGUGUUGGUGGGCCGACUGCCACAUGCUGUUCAUAAAUCAUAAAUAUUGGCCAAUCGGAGGCAUUGAAGAACAUCAAUUGUUGCAUUGGAUAUGUGAUGUGUUAGAUUUUUAUCAAGGGAGUCAUGUAUACUUUGUAGCUGUAAUUAAGAGACUCAACAAUAAUUCCAUGUAGUUGAAUCAUGUGUGUGUAUAUGUGGUGGCUUUUCUUUUGCGUGUUUGAAACUUGUAAAUGCUAAGCUGAUCAUGCAAAGUGAUUUGUCUAUGGUUACUUUUUGUUAACAAGAUAAUGUUGUGUUGAUCUCAUUUUGUUGUGUGCGACCUCAUUUGAUAUGGAUGAAAUGUCAAUGAGAUGGAAAUAGGUAAAAUGUACUUGAUUGGAAUUUUGUGCAACUUUAUAUGUAUGUGUAAACUAAUUCAAUCCAGGAUUAGUAUGAGCUAACGCCCAAAAUUUUAGAAUAAAAGUAUAUUAAU